AUGGCAUCCAAGUCAUUCUACGCAAUCAUCUCCGGAGCGGGUUCCGGCACUGGCCGCGCAGCAGCCGUCCGUUUCGCACAGGCGUACCCCGUCGUGCUUCUCGCCCGCAAACCAGAGAGCUACAACGCCAUCGUGGACGAGAUCAAGCAGGCCGGUGGCCAAGCCUUCGGCAUCACGGCCGAUGCCACAGAUGAGGCAGCCGUUAACGCCGCCUUUGAGACGAUCAAGAAGGAGCUGCCCGGAAGCAAGCUCGCUGCCGCCAUCUACAACGUCAACGGUGGUUUUGCCCGCAAACCGUUCCUUGAGCUCAAGCGAGAGGAGCUCGACGCCAGUCUUGAUGCCGCGCCAAAGGGUUUCUUUACAUUCGCGCAGAAGACGCUUCCUCUGUUGCUUGAUUCAGUCUCAGACUCACCUCACCCGCCGUCAUUGAUCAUCACUGGAGCAACAGCAUCCAUUAAAGGCAGCGCACUCUUCGGAAGUUUUGCGGCGGGCAAGUUCGCCCUCCGAGCCCUGGGCCAGUCCUUGGCGCGCGAGUUCGGCCCGAAGGGUGUCCACGUAUCGCACGCUAUUAUCGACGGAGGCAUCGAUACCCCUUGGGGUAAGUCCUUUGUUGCCAAUGGCGGCGUAGAAGACGGCAAGAUUUCACCAGAUGCUAUUGCUGAAACUUACUGGCAUUUGCACACGCAACACCGCUCCGCGUUUACUCAGGAGAUUGACAUCAGACCGUACGUGGAAAAGUUCUGA